AUGACACUUGAUGAGGUCAAUGCGCUGAAGAAAGAGCACCAGAGGGCGCAGGAGAAGUGUCGUCAGACGAAAGACAAGUGUCGCAAGUUGAAGGAACAACAUCGAAAGAUGACUGAACAACACCAAAGAACAAAGAAACAGCGCCAAAGGAUGAACAUGCAGGAGAAACGGAGAAACAAAAAGUAUCGAAAGAUCAGAGAACUAUACCAGCAUGCGAAGCAAGGUCUCCGCGACAUGGAAGCCAUAACGGCUGACACACUGCACAAAUACGAGUACUUGGCCGCCCACCAUGGUGACUGGGGCUGCAUGUCAGACCAGAAGUAUGAAGAAGCAUUUUUUAGAAUGUUUCUCUCUUUGAAACACUGGGCGGAAAAUCAUGCUUAUGAAGAAACCACGGUCUUGGAAAGCCUUCCAGAGAGCUACAAGCAAGACCUCGUCAAAGCCCUGGAUGGCUACUGCGCUCAAGUCGACAUGAGCGAAAUACUCUCUGGUGUCAAGCUUGGUCGUGUAUUUGGGUUUGAACUUGUCACCAUGUUUCUUGUCAAAGAUUGUCUUGAGCGGUUCUUCACAAACCCCUUCUGGUAUAUAGCCCCCCAUCCAGGACAAGGUAGCGAGUACGACGAGGAAAUCUUACCGAAGGCGACUCGCUGUGGUACUAUGCUUAAUGAAUUACUUAAGGAAUUCGACAAUGACGGCCAGCGAGAGUUAUUGGCUCAAUCUUGGCGUCUAUGGACAGCCCGCCUUUGCAAUAAAAAGGUAAUGGAUCGCCGGAACAAUUUCGCCGAAAGAAUGAUGUCACGCCGAAAACUCAUGGUCGAGGCAAUGGUUGCGCAGGUUCUGAAUAACGAGCUAUUGAAACCGCUCCUUAGACCCCCUGCGGAUGGACAGAAGGAUGAUAUUGUCAAGAGAAUACUGGAUGCAGCAUACCUUAAAGCCGCGGAGCUCUCUGUGCAGCUCUCGAUGGAUGAUCAUUACGUGGAGUUUCGAGACUUGCGCAAUAUCGGACAGGUCUACGACCCUUCGAAUACAGAAACCAAGUUAAAUAACGCCUACUAUGAGGAGGGAGAUCACUUGUAUGGUCACCGGAUAUUGUGCAUGCUAUUCCCAGCCAUUUAUGUUUGUGGGGGGUUUGCCACUCCUGACUACCGAGAACUUAUUUUCAAAGCAGAUGUGUUCGUAGAAGAGGGAACUACAUCUACGAAUAAGGACUCAACUAACGGUGGGAAGGCCUAA